CGCGCCUAGCGCACUUGCACCGGCCGCUCGCGCGCAGCCCGGCGUCGCCCCGCGCCGCGCUCGCUCCUCCCUCCCUCCUCCCGUUCCGUGGCUCCCGCGCUCCCGGCGAGUCUCAGGCGCGGAGCGCGCGGACGGGCGCACCGAGCCGCCGACCGCCCCGGGGACGCUUCGGCCCGCGCCUCCCGGGCGGGCUAUGUGGAUUGCCCCGCGGGGGCCGGCCCGCGGGAUCAGCACUGCCCGGCCCGCGGCCCCGGCGACCAGCGGGGACUAUGAACGGGAAGGCGCGGCGCUGCUUGGGCCACCUCUUUCUCAGCCUGGGCAUGGCCUACCUCCGGAUCGGUGGCUUCUCCUCGGUGGUUGCUCUGGGAGCCAGCAUCAUCUGUAACAAGAUCCCAGGCCUGGCUCCCAGACAGCGGGCGAUCUGCCAGAGCCGGCCGGACGCCAUCAUCGUCAUAGGAGAAGGCUCGCAAAUGGGCCUGGACGAGUGUCAGUUUCAGUUCCGCAAUGGCCGCUGGAACUGCUCGGCGCUGGGCGAGCGCACGGUCUUCGGAAAGGAGCUCAAAGUGGGGAGCCGGGAGGCUGCCUUCACGUACGCCAUCAUCGCUGCCGGCGUGGCCCACGCCAUCACAGCGGCCUGUACCCAGGGCAACCUGAGCGACUGCGGCUGCGACAAGGAGAAGCAAGGCCAGUACCACCGGGACGAGGGCUGGAAGUGGGGUGGCUGCUCCGCCGACAUCCGCUACGGCAUCGGCUUCGCCAAGGUCUUUGUGGAUGCCCGGGAGAUCAAGCAGAAUGCCCGGACGCUCAUGAACUUGCACAAUAACGAGGCGGGCCGCAAGAUCCUGGAGGAGAACAUGAAGCUGGAGUGCAAGUGCCACGGUGUGUCGGGCUCGUGCACCACUAAGACCUGCUGGACCACGCUGCCCCAGUUCCGGGAGCUGGGCUACGUGCUCAAGGACAAGUACAACGAGGCCGUGCACGUGGAGCCGGUGCGCGCCAGCCGUAACAAGCGUCCCACCUUCCUGAAGAUCAAGAAGCCACUGUCGUACCGCAAGCCCAUGGACACGGACCUGGUGUACAUCGAGAAGUCGCCCAACUACUGCGAGGAGGACCCGGUGACGGGCAGCGUGGGCACGCAGGGCCGUGCCUGCAACAAGACGGCCCCCCAGGCCAGCGGCUGCGACCUCAUGUGCUGCGGCCGCGGCUACAACACCCACCAGUACGCCCGCGUGUGGCAGUGCAACUGUAAGUUCCACUGGUGCUGCUACGUCAAAUGCAACACGUGCAGCGAGCGCACUGAGAUGUACACGUGCAAGUGAGCCCGCGACGGGCCGCGCGCCACCCUCCGGCUGUGAGCAAGACUGCUUCGGGGGCUGCGCCGUUCCAGGCUGCAGGCUCCCCAGGAGGCCGCUGCCUCCAUCUUCCCGGGGAACCCCGGGAACGCUGAGUUUGUCUUUUUCUGCUGAGUGGGGCGGAGCUCUUCUCCUGGGUUUCCCGCGGAUGGGAUGCUCGUGGAGAAGAUCGCUCAGAGCCCUCGACGAUUCUGUUCCACAUCCAAUGCUGCUCCACCCUCCCCCAGACACCGCCCAGGUCCCUCCGUGGCUAGAGUGAAGUCCUUCGCAGCAGGAACUCUGGACCCUCGGGCCUCAUCAUAGCAAUAUUUAACAGUUUAUUCUGAUACAAAAUAAUAUUAAUUUAUUUAAUUAAAAGAGUUCUUCCACCUCGUCGGAUCCGUUUUCUGCAAUCAAAGUGGACCACGUGCUCUCCUGCCAGGCCGACUCUGUCACUAGGAACAGGAACUGAGCAGAACUAAACACAGGCAUCUGGACGCAGCGGCCGCGGCGAGCUGGGUUUGCAGGUGUCCCCUUCCUUUUUUCACCACUAGGCGUUUAAGGACGAGAGCAGACACCUGUACACAUGUACAGCUCUCCAUCCACGCACGUUUCUGUUGUUUUGCUGUUUGCUGCUACCUAUCCAGAACUUUACGCUGGUCCAGACUUGGAGAUGUUUGCCGUGAAAACGUUUCCCACCCUUUUCCCUCCCCGGUUUAGACUUCAGCAUUAGAAAAAUUCAGUUUGGAAUACAGAGUUGGGGGGGGGGUGGGGAGAAGGGGAGAGAGAGGGAGAGAGAGAGAAAAAGGGAGAGAGGGAGAGAGGGAGCGAGAGAGGACGGAGAGAGAAAGAGAAAGGGAGUGCUAGAUUCCCAGCAGUGUCUAUCUUUUGGAAAGUGAGCCACUGGAUAAGAGACUAUUUUGUAAGAGGCUAUUUUUAUAUGAAUAUUUUAUUUAUAAUGAGUCGGCCUGCGUCACCCCACAGCCUAUGCCUCCUCUUAAUGCUCAGCCUCACUCUGGGGCAAGGAUGGGUGAGGCUGGGCGAGAGGUCAGGCCCUCCACCUCCCUCCCAUGCUGGGUCCUGCUUGCCAAGGACCCCUGGGUACUGGAGCUGAGCCGUCUCGGGGUUAAUGGAACAAGAACUUAAAUCCCUGGCCUCAGGCUGUUGUGGCCCCUGUUAGGGGAGGGUCAUGAGGGCUGACCCCGGGGAGGAGUGGCCAUAGUGAGCGAGUCCUGCCCUGAGCAUUGUGUGCUGUCACCAUCAGCAGCAGCCAGCUCAGGGAGCCCUGGCCCCACCGGGACACCCCCGCCAUUGCCUGUGUGUCACUCGGGGUGAGGUGCAGUCCUCAGAAGGGGGCAGAGAAGCAGGUGCAGCAGGGGCUACAGCCCGCUGGCACUUCCUAGAUGUCAACCCCAGGGCAGACCUGUAGGGAGAGGUGGGCGGGGCACCCGCUCCUUGGGGCCAGCCAUGCCCAGUGCUUCUCACCAUGAAAGCUCUGCCCUAGAGGGCUGUGGACAUUCUCCUGUGUCUGUCUGCAUGUGUGUGUGUGUGUGUGAGUGUGAGAGAGAGAGACACCUUGGGGAAUCCUGAGAUGUUUCUGUGACUUCACACCUGGAAGCACUUCUGGCACUCCCAAGUGUCCCCAGGUAUCUGUUUAUCCCUCUCCAGGUGCCUGUGCAUGGAGCUGUGUGCCUGCCCCUCUGCUGCUUCCUGGGGGUCUUUGCUUGCAGGUGAGGCAGACAGCAGCACCCUUCUGGUCAUAUUGAGCCAUAAGCGAUGGCCCCUCUGGAUGGUGUUCCCCCAGCCACUGGGGAAGCUCAGAGACCUCCGAGAGCACAGCCCCAUGCUGCCAUGUGCUGGGAGCCCCACCACCUCUGUCUAGCUCCCUGCCGUCAGCGCCAGGCCUGGAUCACAGCAUGAACAAAUAAAAAUGGCUGGAUGGUU